GUGAGGCUCAGCGGGUGCCGCGCCCUGGACGGGCAGCAGGCCACGCUGGGGUCCUUGGACUGCGUGAGCGGGCGUUGGGCAGUGACACUCGAAAGCGGCACCGUUAUCCACCUGAAGGCGGAGAAUUUGCAGGUGGUCUCGCCGCCGUCCUCGUCCACCAUCGAGGAGGCCCGCGCACCAGAGGAGGAGGCCAAGCGUGCUCGGGACAAGGCCAUCGAUAGCGCCGACGAUAAGAUCAGCAAGCUCAGAGCCUUCAGGGAGGCAAAGGAGAAGGAG